AGGUUUUUAACGGAACCCUCGUUCAUUCAGACAGUGGCAUUCCGACAAGCCCGUGGUGGCUGUUAGCAUUCUCCUGACGAGGCGCCGGAUCGAUCAAUCGAGGCUGAAGCAUGGCGCGCGCGGCGGCGCUGGAGCGGCAUUUGCCCCUCACGGAUUGAUAAUCCCGUGAGCGCCAGGCAGCGAUCGAUCCGAAAUAUCGAUAUCUCGAGCGGCGGGCGCAUCGAUCUCUCGGCAGCGCGAUUUCCAGGUCUUUCUUCUUCUCUUUCACUGCUCCAGGUUCUAGAUCUCGCCCCCCCCGCAUCGAUCGAUCCAUCCCUCCCGCCGCUGCAUGGAGUCUCCAACCGACGCCGGAUGGAUGGUGACAUGGGGAUUGCUGGGCACAGGCGCAGCCAUGGCGGCCGCGGGGCUCUACUGGGCGAUGUGCGUGGCCGGCUCGGCGGAGCAAAAAGGGAAGCGCGCCGUGGAUCUCGGCGGUGGAUCGCUUUCCAGGGGUGAGGUCGCCGGGAACUACCGCGAGUACGCGGCCUUCUUCGAUAAGCCCCAGCAGAUCGCGGCCAAGGACAAGGUACCCAAGCUUGUGGACACCUUCUACAACCUCGUCACGGACAUCUACGAGUGGGGAUGGGGCCAGAGUUUCCACUUCUCGCCGGCGGUCCCAGGCGUGGGGCAUCGCGAGGAGACCCAGCUCCACGAGAAGUACGUGGCGGAUCUGCUAGAGCUCGGGCCCGGCCAGAGGGUGCUGGACGCCGGGUGUGGCGUCGGGGGCCCGAUGAGAACCAUCGCCGCCCACUCGGGAUCCAACGUCGUGGGCAUCACCAUCAACGACUACCAAGUCGCCCGGGCUCGCAGCCACAACAGCAAGGCCGGGCUAAGCAAGCUCUGCGAGGUGAUUUGCGGGGACUUCCUCCACAUGCCCUUUGGCGACGAUAGCUUCGACGCGGCCUACUCGAUCGAGGCGACGUGCCAUGCACCGCAGCUCCGCGACGUUUACGCCGAGAUCUAUCGCGUGCUCAAGCCGGGGAAGCUCUACGUCUCUUACGAGUGGGUCACGACUUGCAAGUACCAGGCCCAGGAUCCGGAGCACGUCAAGAUCAUCCACGAGAUCGAGCACGGGAACGCGCUGCCGGGGCUGCGCUCGUAUAAGCAGGUCGUGGAGAUCGCCAAGGAGGUAGGAUUUGAGGUUUUGGAGGACAGGGAUUUGGCGCUUCCUCCGGCGCAUCCCUGGUGGACGAGGCUCAAGAUGGGGCGGCUGGCGUACUACAGGAACCAUGUCGUGAUCGCGCUACUAUCGUUCCUGGGGAUCGCGCCGCAGGGGGUUUUCGAGGUGCACGAGAUGCUGUUCAAGACGGCCAUGUAUCUGACGCGAGGCGGCGAGACUGGGAUUUUCUCGCCGAUGCAUCUCUUGGUUUGCCGGAAGCCAUUAGAUGGUGGUGAUGCCGCCACCGCUGCUACUGCUGCAGUUGCUUCUUCUUGACUCCUGGAAUAAUCUGCUCCUCCAUCUUCUGCACACUACAUUUUUUUAAAUUUUUUUUGGUUCUUUCUUCUUGGCCUUUCUUCUUUUUAACUCCUUUAUAUCUUUUAUUUUUCCAGAAAAUCGGUUUUGUUCUUGUGCUGCUCUAAAGUAAGGUAUUAUUUGUGUUGGAGCCGAAACGAGAGCAAAUGUGGCUUAUAUGAAACAAUUUGAAUAAUGCUAUUGGCAGAAUGGAUAUACUUAUUAUGAAUA